UAGUGAUGGAGGCUAUGAGGUAAGUGGGGGGUUUCCAACUGAAGUUGGAAGAUAGACUCGUUAAUUUUCACGCUUUGUGUCUUUUUCGUAGGUCUAUAAGUAUUUUUUGUGACGUAAAUUCGAAGUGUACUUUAAUAUCAGAUUUUAUAUUGGCCCAUGAAACUUGCUCAUUUGAGGUGCGUCUUAGGAACCUUAGUACAAUAGUUGGUGCUGGGGACAUUUGGGGAAGCGACCCGCUGCCUGGGGCACAGAAGGAGGCAGUGAUUGACUGGGAGCAGAAGCUUCAGGGACUGGAGGACUUUGAGGGACACAUCGUGAAACACUUGGGUGGGGAGCGGUGACUGGGGACCUGUGAAAUCGGUAAAGCAAGGUGCUAAUGGUAGCAUAUGGGAACCCUGUGCAGAGUUGCAAGGGAUUGGAGGCCUGUGCUGUUGGCUGCAUUGCGUUCUGAGCAGUGCAUGUUGGGGUCCUUCAGGGAUGGAUGGCACCUCAGUGUUGGUCUCUGCUUGGGUGCUUGUGGACACGGUAUGGGUCAGGGAUUAGCGGCUGAGCAGAUCAGCGAUGGUUUCCUCUUGGGGCGCAUUGUUGGGAACCCCGUGGUGGGGAUUAUUUGGGGUUCUGUGGAAAUCACACUCUAUGGGGCACAUUUAUUGGCAUUCAGGGUAGUAAUAGCUUCAGGAGCCUGGUCUUGUCAGUGGCUGGGAGGCAUUUCCAGAUCUGGCAUCCCUGUGGUACACUCACUGGGGAUUUCUGGAGGUCAGGCCUGUCCAAGACUGCAUUGGGGUGUGGUGGGUCAGGGGCAGUUCACAUGGACAGGCCAGAAAUGGUAAGGGAUUGGGGGCCUGGUGUGUGUUUGCGGCUUUCUUAGGUCAAGGUGAGGUUGAGUAAGGGAAUUUAAAUUUUUGUCAGAAAAGACUGAGCUGUCUGGGGCAUUAUAGAUGAGCACUGAAAUGUCCAGAAGCUUGGAUUAGACAUGCCAGACAUGGCCAACUAAGUCUCAGCACUCUGAAGGGAACAGGAACUAGAAAUGACACUUUUGGAAGCUGCCCAUGUAGGGGACCACACUGGAUAGAGGCAGCUGUGUGCAGUCUGGAAUAAGGCAGACACGGGACCAAUUUCCUCUGCAGACUGCAUGCCCUUAAGGCAAAUUAUGUAACAGCAUCAGGUACCCAAGGUGCUACUUGCUGAUUUUUAUUCAGUGUUUACCACAUGCCAGGCAGGGUUUAAUAAGUUUCAUGUCAUGUAAGGUUUUCAAUGGCUGUGAUAAAAACCUUCCAACUCAUUUUGAAAACCACAACUAAAGUAAUAGCUUCAUAUUCUCACCACUAAAAGGGUGGCAGAGCUGCAACUAAACCUUCUUUAAGUGUAGUCUAAUCUUACGGUCUUUUCUUUAUUUUUCAGUGAUUAAUAACAAGUUGUAGUUUUCUGAACUUGGCUUAUUGCACACACAAUGUCUAGCACAGUGACCUUUACUUAAGGGCCCUUAGAAAUGUUUGUGUGAAGCAAAUGUUAGAUGAGCAACUAUGUGGUCAUUGACUUUCCAGGGCUUCUUGGUGUUUUUUCAGAGCCCCUGGGUCAGGCAACAUCUUCGAGGCUGUAGGAUCCCUCUUCAUGGCUUAGCCUGACUCUCCCUAGCAGCUCAGACUGGAGCCUCUAGAUGCCCAUGCAGCUUCAAGCUCCUGGGAAAAGUGGAGUUGUCUACAAGAGAGACCAAGAGGUGAAGCCCAGAGAGGACAUGGCUGCUGAUGUGAAUUUGCCCCCAAGGCCCCAGGUCCUGGGUCCAGAGGAGCAGGAUGAAUUGUGUGAGGGAUCAGUGUCAGUUGAGGAUGUGACCGUGGACUUCAGUAAGGCAGAGUGGCAGCAACUCAACCCUGCUCAGAGAUGCCUAUACCUGGACGUGAUGCUGGAGAUCUAUAGCCACCUCUUCUCCGUGGGGUAUCACAUUCCCAACCCAGAGGUCAUUUUCAGGAUGGAGAAAGACAAGGAGCUGUGGAUAGGUGAGGCUGAACUCCCACAUCAGAGGCACCAAGAAAUGAAGUUUGUUCUUAAUACCCCACAACAGGACAUUUCUGGAACAGCAUCAUUUCAUGACAUGGCAGGCAAGGUCACAAGAGAUGGUUCUUGGUAUUCCAUUUUAGCAGAACUGUGGAAAGAUGCUGCCUCUACAGAGAGAGAUCAGCCAAAUCAAAAUAAACUUUCACAUCAGAGGGCUUUCCUCAACAUGAAAAAACUAAAUACAGAGAAAGGUUGUCAAUAUAAGGACCCUGGGAAAAUCAUUCAUGUGAGGCCCUGUCUUGUUCCUUCACAAAAAAGACGUCAUAAAUGUUCACUUGUAAAAAGUUCAACACCUAACCUAGAAUUAAAUAGUCAAAAUCAAAGCAAUACCACAAAACACCUUGAUGAGAUUGUGGGAUCUAGUCAGCUAUUCACCCACAGCUCUUCGCAUGCUAGCUACAAGAAUAUUCACACAGGAGAGAACAUCUGCAGAGGUAAUCAACAACCCAAAGUCCUCAGCCACAAACAGUCACUUACACAACCUCAAAUUCAUACUCUGAAGAAACCAGAUAAGUGUACUGAAUGUGGGAGGGACUUCACCCAGAAGUCUCAUCUCCUCAAGCAACAGAGAUUCCAUAAUGUAGAAAACUUCCAGGAAUGCAACAAAUGUGGAAAAGCCUUUGUCUCACAACCAAAAUUUGGUGACUAUCUGACAGAUCACACAGGUAACAUACCUUACAUAUGUAAGGAAUGUGGAAAGGUCUUCAUUCAGAGGUCAGAGUUGAUUACACACCAGAAAACUCACACUAGAAAGAAGCCCCAUAAAUGCCAUGAAUGUGGAAAGGCCUUUUUCCAGACACUAUCUCUCUUCAGACAUCAGCGAACUCAUAUGAGAGAAAAACUCUAUAAGUGCAGUGAAUGUGGGAAAGGCUUCUCUCAGAAUUCGACCCUCAUUAUCCAUCAGAAAAUUCAUACUGGUGAACGACAGUAUGUGUGUAGCGAAUGUGGGAAGGCCUUCACUCAGAAGUCAACGCUCAGCUUGCACCAGAGAAUCCAUUCAGGGGAGAAGUCCUAUGUGUGCAUCAAAUGUGGGCAGGCCUUUAUCCAGAAGGCACACCUAACUGUGCACCAAAGGAGUCACACAGGAGAGAAACCUUAUCAGUGCCACAACUGUGGGAAAUCCUUCAUUUCCAAGUCACAGCUUGAUAUACAUCAUCGAAUUCAUACUGGGGAGAAACCUUAUGAAUGUAGUAACUGUGGAAAAACUUUCACCCAAAAGUCACACCUCAAUAUACACCAGAAAAUUCAUACUGGGGAAAGACACCAUGUAUGCAGUGAAUGUGGAAAAGCCUUCAACCAGAAGUCAAUACUCAGCAUGCAUCAGAGAAUCCACACUGGAGAGAAGCCUUACAAAUGCAGUGACUGUGGGAAAGCCUUCACUUCCAAGUCACAAUUCAAAGAACAUCAGCGAAUUCACACUGGAGAGAAACCCUAUGUGUGCACUGAAUGUGGGAAGGCUUUCAAUGGGAGGUCAAAUUUCCAUAAACAUCAGAUGACUCACACUAGAGAGAGAACUUUUGCCUGUUACAGAUGUGGGAGUGCCUUCAUCCAGAAGUCGGAGUUGGUGACACAUCAGAGAAGUCAUAUUGGAGAGAAACCGUAUGAGUGCUGUGACUGUGGGAAAUCUUUCAGUAAGAAACCACAACUCAAAGUGCAUCAGCGAACUCACACAGGGGAGAGACCCUAUGUGUGUAUUAAAUGUGGGAAGGCCUUCAACAAUAGGUCAAAUUUUAAUAAACACCAAACAAUGCAUGCCAGAGACAAAUCUUACAAAAGCAGUUAAUUCUGUGAAAGACUUCACCUGGAAAUCAGUACCUAGUACAAAUUUGAAUAUACAUAAGUGAAACAAACUCUGAAUCUCUUAAUGAAAAAAAUUUCAUGAGUCAGAUUUAGUUGUACAUUAUAGCAUUUAUGCUUCAGGAAAACUAGGAAAUGCACUGCAUGUCACAAAGUUACAUAUUAUUUUAUGUAAGGGAAUUAGAAAAGAACUUUUAAGAAUGAGUGAAAGUGUCCAUAUUUGUACUAACUUUGUGAAAGAUUAUAAAAUUCGUCUGGGGAAGAAAUCAUGGCUAAUGUAUUGAGAAAAAUAUUUCUCUAGAAAGGGAUAAAAGAUUGUUACCAGAUUACUUAUAGGCUAGUUUGUGGGCAGUCAUAUUAGUGAUAACCGUGUUUAAUGUGAAAUACUAAUAUUUUUUAAAGUGCCAGCAAAUUGGAUGAUGAUUGGACUAUAUUAUGGAUGUAUGUAUAUGUGGUAUCUAUAUAUUUAUAUAUGUAUGUAUAUUUUUAGUCAGGUCAAUACACACCUUCAGUUCUAUAGCAUCUGCUACAGAAUCCACUGCAUAAUAGGAGGUAUGGAUUAUAUGUUUUUUAAAUAAUAUAAUUGUUAAAUUUAUUUCCUAUUGAUAUUUAUAUCCUGAAGUUGCACAAUGUUUGUAUAGACAUAUGAACAUACAUUUUUGGUAAAUGAAUAAAUGUGACUGUAUAAUGUAUACUGGUCUUUGUAGUGUAGUUUCUCUUUGUUCAUGAUUAGCUCAGCUCUACCUUCUCUUUCCACCCCCACCAUCUAUGAUGAGCCUCUUGUAGAUAACCAGCGUAAGGACUGGUUAUGGGCUCUUUCAUAUUUUUAUAUGAGCUACUAAUCAUAUACACUAGGAGU